UUCUUCGGGCUACAAGAAGGCAGAGGAUGAGAUGUCCCGGGCCACGUCUGUUGGAGACCAGCUGGAGGCACCAGCCCGCACCAUUUACCUCAACCAACCGCAUCUCAACAAAUUCCGUGACAACCAGAUCAGUACGGCCAAGUACAGCGUGUUGACGUUUCUACCUCGAUUCUUGUAUGAGCAGAUUAGAAGAGCUGCUAAUGCCUUCUUCCUCUUCAUUGCCUUAUUACAGCAAAUUCCAGAUGUAUCUCCAACAGGAAGAUAUACCACCCUGGUGCCAUUGAUCAUUAUUUUAACAAUUGCAGGCAUCAAAGAGAUUGUAGAAGAUUUUAAGCGGCAUAAGGCAGACAAUGCAGUGAACAAAAAGAAAACGAUAGUGUUAAGAAAUGGUAUGUGGCAUACCAUUAUGUGGAAAGAGGUGGCGGUGGGAGACAUUGUGAAGGUCAUCAAUGGGCAGUACCUCCCAGCAGACAUGGCCCUGCUAUCCUCCAGUGAACCUCAGGCAAUGUGUUAUGUUGAAACAGCUAAUCUAGAUGGGGAGACGAACCUUAAAAUACGUCAGGGUCUGAGUCACACUGCUGACAUGCAAACAAGGGAAGUAUUGAUGAAGUUAUCUGGAACUAUAGAAUGUGAAGGACCCAACCGCCAUCUCUAUGACUUCACUGGAAACUUGCACAUAGAUGGGAAAAGCCCUGUUCCCCUUGGGCCUGACCAGAUCUUAUUAAGAGGUACACAGCUUAGAAAUACUCAGUGGGUCUUUGGCAUAGUUGUUUAUACUGGACACGACACCAAACUCAUGCAGAAUUCCACAAAAGCACCCCUCAAAAGAUCGAAUGUUGAAAAAGUGACUAAUGUGCAGAUCCUGGUGUUGUUUGGCAUCCUCUUGGUCAUGGCCUUGGUGAGCUCAGUGGGGGCCCUGUACUGGAAUGGGUCUCAAGGUGGAAAGAACUGGUACAUCAAGAAGAUGGACACGACCUCAGAUAAUUUUGGAUAUAACUUGUUGACGUUCAUCAUCUUAUACAACAAUCUUAUUCCCAUCAGUCUGUUGGUGACCCUUGAGGUUGUGAAAUACACUCAAGCCCUUUUUAUAAACUGGGACACAGACAUGUAUUAUCUAGGAAAUGACACUCCUGCAAUGGCCAGGACAUCAAACCUUAAUGAAGAGCUUGGGCAGGUGAAAUACCUAUUUUCUGAUAAAACUGGAACUCUUACAUGCAAUAUCAUGAACUUCAAGAAGUGUAGCAUUGCUGGAGUAACCUAUGGUCAUUUUCCAGAAUUGACAAGAGAACCAUCAUCAGAUGAUUUUUGCCGGAUGCCUCCUCCCCCUAGUGACUCAUGUGACUUUGAUGACCCCAGGCUCUUGAAGAACAUCGAAGAUCAUCAUCCCACAGCUCCGUGCAUACAGGAGUUCCUCACCCUCCUGGCCGUGUGCCACACCGUGGUCCCCGAGAAGGAUGGAGAUAACAUCAUCUACCAGGCCUCUUCCCCAGAUGAAGCUGCAUUGGUGAAGGGAGCGAGGAAGCUGGGCUUUGUCUUCACGGCCAGAACGCCAUACUCGGUCAUCAUAGAAGCAAUGGGACAGGAACAGACAUUUGGAAUCCUUAACGUCCUGGAAUUUUCUAGUGACAGAAAAAGAAUGUCUGUAAUUGUUCGAACUCCUUCAGGCCAACUUCGGCUCUACUGUAAGGGGGCUGAUAAUGUCAUUUUUGAGAGACUCUCAAAAGAUUCAAAAUAUAUGGAGGAAACACUGUGCCACCUGGAAUAUUUUGCCACAGAAGGCUUGAGGACUCUCUGUGUGGCUUACGCCGACCUCUCUGAGCAUGAGUAUGAGGAGUGGCUGAAAGUCUAUCAAGAAGCCAGCACCAUACUGAAAGACAGAGCUCAACGGUUGGAAGAGUGCUAUGAGAUCAUAGAGAAGAAUUUACUGUUACUUGGAGCCACGGCCAUAGAAGAUCGCCUUCAGGCAGGUGUUCCAGAAACCAUAGCAACUCUAUUGAAGGCAGAAAUUAAAAUCUGGGUGUUGACAGGAGAUAAACAAGAAACUGCAAUUAAUAUAGGAUAUUCCUGCCGGUUGGUAUCACAAAAUAUGGCCCUUAUCCUGUUGAAGGAAGAUUCUUUGGAUGCAACAAGGGCAGCCAUUACGCAGCACUGCACUGACCUUGGGAAUCUGUUGGGCAAGGAGAAUGACGUGGCCCUCAUCAUCGAUGGCCAUACCCUGAAAUAUGCGCUCUCCUUUGAAGUCAGGAGAAGCUUCCUGGAUUUGGCGCUCUCCUGUAAAGCGGUCAUAUGCUGCAGGGUGUCUCCUCUGCAGAAGUCUGAGAUAGUGGAUGUGGUUAAGAAGCGGGUAAAGGCCAUCACCCUUGCCAUUGGGGAUGGUGCCAACGACGUUGGGAUGAUCCAGACAGCUCACGUGGGUGUAGGAAUCAGUGGGAAUGAAGGCAUGCAGGCGACCAACAACUCGGAUUAUGCCAUUGCUCAGUUUUCCUACUUGGAGAAGCUGCUGCUGGUCCAUGGCGCCUGGAGCUACAAUCGGGUGACCAAGUGCAUCCUGUACUGUUUCUAUAAGAAUGUGGUCCUCUACAUUAUUGAGCUUUGGUUCGCCUUUGUUAAUGGAUUUUCUGGGCAGAUUUUAUUUGAACGUUGGUGCAUCGGCUUGUACAAUGUGAUUUUCACCGCACUACCACCCUUCACUCUGGGAAUCUUCGAGAGGUCUUGCACCCAGGAGAGCAUGCUCAGGUUCCCACAGCUCUACAAAAUCACCCAGAAUGCGGAAGGCUUCAACACAAAGGUUUUCUGGGGUCACUGCAUCAACGCCUUGGUCCACUCCCUCAUCCUCUUCUGGUUUCCCAUGAAAGCGCUGGAGCAUGAUACUGCGUUGGCCAGUGGCCAGGCCACAGACUAUUUGUUUGUUGGAAAUAUUGUUUACACGUAUGUUGUUGUCACUGUGUGUCUGAAAGCUGGUUUGGAGACCACAGCAUGGACUAAAUUCAGUCAUCUGGCUGUCUGGGGAAGCAUGCUGAUCUGGCUGGUGUUUUUUGGUGUCUACUCAACCAUCUGGCCCACCAUUCCCAUUGCUCCAGAUAUGAAAGGACAGGCAACAAUGGUCCUGAGCUCUGCACACUUCUGGCUGGGAUUAUUUCUGGUGCCCACAGCGUGUUUGAUGGAAGAUGUAGCAUGGAGAGCGGCCAAGCAUACCUGCAAAAAAACGUUGCUGGAGGAGGUGCAGGAGCUGGAGACGAAGUCCAGAGUGAUGGGGAAGGCGAUGCUUCGGGACAGUAAUGGAAAGAGGAUGAAUGAACGUGACCGCCUACUGAAGAGGCUCAGCAGGAAGACACCCCCCACUCUCUUCCGGGGAGGCUCCAUCCAGCAGUGUGUCCCCCAUGGGUAUGCCUUCUCUCAAGAAGAGCAUGGAGCUGUUACUCAGGAAGAAAUUGUCCGUGCUUAUGACACCACCAAAAAGAAAUCGAGGAAGAAAUAAGACGUGAGUCGUCUUGAUUGGUCCCAGGAAAGAGAUGCAGUUUGUUGCACCCAGUGUUAACACAUCUCUGUCAGAAGAGACUGGUGUCAGCAGCCAAAACACCAUAAAACCCAUUUCUGUGGCCUUAGCCAACCAGUUUGUUAGUUCCACAUUCCCUCGCAAACCUGGAGUAGAUACCGCAGGGGAAGCCAUU